AUGACAGUCCUUCAGUGGUUACGUAGUGACGCGCGCUCUUUUAAGCCUUUUGUUGCCCAUCGUUUAGGCGAAAUUAUUGAAAACUCUUGCGUCAGUGACUGGCGAUGGGUACCAACAGACUUGAAUGUUGCCGAUGACGCUACCAGAACGCGAUCAAUUAACCUCGACGCGUCCCACAGAUGGUUCCGCGGACCAUCUUUUCUAUUUAAAUCCUUUGAGGACUGGCCUACAGAGCCGAGGUAUGCCUCACCAAAUACCGAUGAACUCAAGACCAAUAGUUUUGAGUUGGUCGGACUAACUUCCUUUGUAGAAGAGUUACCGACACCUGUCACAGCUAUUUUUGCUAAUUUUAGUAAUUGGCAGCGCUUAUUACGUGCCACAGCCCGGGUACUUCAAGCUGCGGCAAAGUUUGGUGUAAUUUUGGCUUCCUUCAGAAAUUCUAAAUUGAAAGGCGAAGUUGUUUGUGCCCGCCAUCCUUCAGCGUCCACUACCCUACCGCCUCUUAGUGCAGAUUUAAUAAAGGCCGCUGAAAGGCAAAUUCUGCAACGAACACAGCUCGAGAGCUUUUCCAUAGAAUUUCUUCAUGUCCUGAAUUCGAAGCCUAUUCCUCCGAACAGUCGUCUCAAAAAACUGUCACCCGCUUUGGGAGAGGACAAAUUACUGCGGUUAGCCGGAAGAAUUAAAGCCGCAGAAGGCAUUGAUCCUGACACACGCUUUCCCAUCCUUCUUGACGGUCGUCACCCAAUUGUACGUUUAUUGGUACAAUUUUAUCAUCGAAAAGCGGGUCACGCAAAUUAUGAACUAGUCGUGAACGAAUUAAGACAAAAAUACUGGUUGUUAAGGCUGAGGAACACAGUGAGAACAGUAGCUAAAGAGUGUCUGAUCUGCAGAAUUAGAAAGUCCUUGCCGGUGAACCCGAAAACAGGAGAUCUGCCACCUGAAAGAUUAGCUCACCAUCGACGGCCCUUUACUUUUACGGGCCUGGACUACUUCGGCCCCAUAAGCGUCACUAUCGGGCGCAGGCAUGAAAAACGUUAUGUGGCUCUUUUCACCUGUUUAACUGUCAGAGCCCUUCACCUGGAGAUGGUACAUAGUCUAUCUACUGACUCUGCCAUCAUGGCUAUUAGAAGGUUCAUUGCAAGACGGGGCUCUCCAGAUACUAUUUUUUCGGACAACGGAACCUGCUUUGUUGGUGCCAAUCGCAUUCUCAGAGAGUUCUACGGUGAAAAUGUCGAAGAUUUCAUGAGCACUCAAGGAAUACGCUGGAAGUUCACCCCACCAGCAGCACCUAAUUUUGGAGGAUGUUGGGAGCGCUUGGUGCGAUCAGUUAAAGUAGCUCUGAACGCAACAUUAACCGAACGAGCUCCAAAAGAAGAAACCCUAAGCAGUUUACUAGCCGAGGCAGAAGCCAUUGUCAAUUCACGUCCAUUAACUCAUGUAUCUACAGAUCCUGACGACCCGACAACACUCACAACAUUUCAUUUCUUAAUCGGUUCUUCGUCCAUGCAGACCCUACCUACUGCCUUGAAUGAUCACGAUUUGGUCAGCCGUUCUGAAUGGAGGAAAGCAUUGAGGCUAGCGGAUCAUUUUUGGUCACGUUGGAUGCGCGAGGUUCUCCCGACACUACAACCACGUGAGCAGCCAAGAGGCAACCGCAGUUCAACAGCUCUUCAAGAGGGUGACAUAGUGAUCAUAGCUGAUUCUAACUUACCCCGUGGGACAUGGCCACGAGGCCGUGUCGCGAAAACGUACUGUGGGAAAGAUCAGGUGAUAAGGGUAGUGGACGUAACAACAGCAGGGGGUAUGCUACGCCGACCCGUACGAAAGCUGGUUAGGCUCUCCACCUAA